GAAAAACAAAAUUUAAGAUUUGUUGUGAUUGAUGAGGACAACCAAUCAGCAAAUAUACAUCAUCAUGAUGCUUUAGGAGAAUUGUACUGUAGCCUGGGGGAGAUAAUGGCGCUUCAGAGUCGAGGCUUUUCAAGAAAACUAGGGAAAGGUUCAGGGACUAUGAAAAUAGAGGCCCGGGAACUGUCUGGAGAACAAAGUAAUAUUACUUUCUCAUUUGCUGCUAAAUCAUUGGAUAACAAGGAUAUUAUGGGGAAAAGUGAUCCUUUCCUUCAGAUAUCCAGGUUGAGCCCUGGAGCUAGAGAUGAGGAUGGUACUGUUGUAUUCAGAACUGAGACCAUUGAUAACAAUCUUAAUCCAGCUUGGAAAACCUUUAGUAUAGAUAGCAGAGUUCUGUGUAACAGUGAUCCUAAUCUACCCUUGAGGUUGAGUGUUUAUGAUGAGGAUAAUGAUGGGUCUCAUGAUCUUAUUGGAGCUCUUCAAUCCUCACUUGCUCAACUCAUGGAGGUUCCUGGCCAAGAGUUUCCAUUGAUAAACCCCAAAAAGAAAGCCAAGAAAGGAUCUAAGUAUAAGAACUCUGGAGUUCUUGUUCUUAAAUCUUGUCGAAAUGAACCUGUUCAUUCAUUCCUCGACUUUAUCCAUGGAGGAUUACAGGUAACAAAAUCUCAUGAAUAUUUAGUGUUUUUUUAUACAAUGGUACUCAGUACGCUGUUGCUGGUCAAUCUUUCUCAGGUAACUGUUCUAAACUGUGUCAGUAUUCAGAGUGCUGAAGUUCAAGAUAAUCAGUAUACUUUGGCAAUCAAAUCCGUUGGCGAUAUCAUUCAGAUUUUGCACAACGCAUGCAUUUUAUGCAGGAAAAUACUUGUAAUAAUUUGUAAUGUAUUGACUCCCUCUGUAUUUGUAGGGUUUGGUGCUAAGCUGACUCCUGAGGCUCCUGUUAUGCAUGAGUUCUUUGUAACCCUGGAUCCUAAUAAUCCGUUCUGUGCUGGGGUUCCCGGGUUACUAGACGCAUACAGAAGAUGUGUUUCUGUUGUUCAGCUCUAUGGACCAACCAACUUUUCCCCCAUCAUAGAACAUGUGGCACAAUUCGCCAGAGCUUACAAGGAUGAACCAAGCAACUACUUUGUUCUGCUCAUCAUAACUGACGGAGCCAUCACAGACAUGUUGGACACUAAGCGAAGUAUAGUGAAUGGAAGUAAACUACCGAUGUCAAUAAUCAUUGUUGGAGUUGGGGACUCAGACUUCUCCUCCAUGGAGGAAUUAGACGGAGAUGGGGGCAGGCUUAAUUUGUAG